AUGGCGCUCGUCCAGUCCACCAAACCGGUGAUGAGCCUCCCCGAUCUGGUCACCUUUGUCAAGAACGAACUCGAUGCCGACGAAGACCGCCAGGCCAAGGCCUCCGCCGCGAGCGCCGGCGAGUUACCACGCGAGUCACAGACCGGAUCGACCGUGGACCUGAGCCACAAAAACAUCAAUGUGUUGCCGGUGGAGGUCAUAUUUCUGAUCAAGGACAAGGUGGAGAGGCUCGCACUUUCACACAACCCGCGCAUUGCACUUCCCAUUGAGAUUGGUCAAUGUGACCGUCUGCGUUAUCUGAAUCUACGGUGGAACAAGCUCAGGCAAUUUCCCAUGGCAGUUUUGACGCUUUCGAAGCUGGAGAUCCUGGACAUCAGCAAGAACCAGAUUGACGGAAUACCCGAGGAUAUCAAGAAGAUGACCAAUCUCAAAUACCUGGCCGUGGCACGAAAUCAGAUCAAGCGACUCCCACUGGCAUUGGGGGAGAUGAGCUUGGUGAAACUCAAGUUUGACGAAAACCCUAUCGAAUUCCCUCCUCCCGAAGCUCUCAAACCUUCGGCGGAUCGGACAACAUUCAUGGUGGAGUCGGAGAAGGACAAGGACAUGUGCCAGCAGGUCAAGCGGUAUAUGAAGACCAUGACGAUGCGAGCGCGUCUUACCGCGAGCUCAGAUGAAGACCUCAGCAACGUCGAAGUCACCCCGCGUCCUCCGAAGAGGGGCUUGCACGGCGGUCGCUUUCCAGUGCGGCCCAGCGUCAGCGACAUCGAGCACAUCCACGACCUGAAAUCCGAAUCUCCUCCGGAUCACAUUCCGCCAAUCCCGCAGAGAUCUCAUGCUCGCGGCAUGUCCUCUAGCUCGCAGUUCGGCUCACGCCCAAGCAUUGCCCCGCUAUUUGGCAUUGGCAGUGACGGUCACAGAAGUCGAAGUGAAUCAGUGGCCUCCAACGCCAGCAUGAGGAACAGGCGGCAAGGCUACGUGCCACGUAAGAACACUGGUCUCGGUUCACUGAGUGAGAUGUCCUCACAAAUGUCGGCUCGUUCUUCGCAAGCUGCGACUCUUACGCCUCCACAUUCUCGCGCCCCAAGCGUGACCUCUACCUUCAACGGCUUCUUGAACAUCGGCAGUGGAGGGGAGUCCUCCGAAGCUGCCAGUCCAAUCGACGGACCAGUCAACCGCAAUAUACUCUCACGCAAACUCGCCAGUCUACCCGAGAGUCGUAACUCCCGGCCACCUACUCUGAACUCGAUCAAGGUUGUCAAGCGGGUGCUGUUGAUGCUGUUCUACCUGUACCGACCAAUAGCAGAUAUCGCGCAGCAAAUCGGAGCGGGCUCAUCGAAGCGUUCUGGUCUCGAACGCCAAUUGUUCAGCGCGAAUGCGAACGUGGAGGAGCUGGACCGUCUCCUGAACGGCGCCAACAGCAUGAUCGAAGAUGGCCGAGAAAUCGAUCAAGCUUUCCUGACAUCAAUCACUCGCACAGCGAUCACGGCACUGAAGAUGUACAUCUUCGUGAUCAAGGAGGUCAAUCGAAGCCGGCACCAGAUCGCCAAACGGGUUGAUGCAUUCCACGUCAGAUGCGUCCUCAAUACGUCGUAUAGCACGCUCGUCGAGGCGCGCAACAUCUGCCACAUGCUUGGAUUCCAGACCAAGACUUCGCCAAAGCGCGAUACCCUGAGGCCGUCCCAGGCCUGGAGUAGUCGCACAGUAACGCCAACGCAGCCUCGAUCGUCCAGUAGCAGGAGACGAGGUAACACCGUCUUGCCGAUCUCCGGCAGCACCACGAAUCUGCGAGGCGCGGUGCCACCAGUGCCAUUGCAUUCCAAUGGCAGUCGAGGCAGCCGAAGCAACACCAUGGUGUCUCAAAGUGGUCCGCCCGCUCGAUUGAACGAAUCAUACCCAGGUCUUUCACAAAGCAGGAACACAUCCCGCAACAACACAAUGCGCAGUGCAAUGGGCAGCAUGCCGGAAAGCGAAGGCGAAGACGGCGCUGAUAGAGUCUACAUGAAGCUCAAGGCAUGUUGCGACCUUGCCGCUCAGACGCUUCCUCCGGUCCGCGCGGAACUAUUUACGAGAAAGACCAAUGCCGACAACACCGGUCAUCCGCAGUCAUCGCACAGAUAUGCGCAAGCAGUCAACAAGUGUGACUUCAUGCUGGCCACGAACAGCAAGCUCCUGUCACGUCUCAAGGUCAUGAGAGUGGGCGACCCAGCCCGCUAUCAACAUGAGAUUCGAAUGUUGACAGAGGGCUUUGCCAAGGACUGGGCGAAUUUUGCUGGUGAAGUCAUGGUUCUCGCCGCCCACCGCUUAGAGAUCGGCAACAUCAAGGCGAGCUUGAAACCGGUGCAGUCCGCGGUGAAGGAAGCCACUCGCGCUUCGACACCGCCGCAAACAGCAUCUUACACUCAAGGAGGAUCAACUCUCGGUCGUCCGCCUCCGACUCCAAGCUUCCACAACAACUCACUGCCGAGCCUGAACACAAGCCUGACUCCAGUGCCGGGACUUGCUACACCAGUCCCAGCGACACCACUCAGCGCGGCUCUAGGUCCCGCGGCUCAGGCUACUGUGCCGCCAGUGCAGGUUGUCAGUUCGCCGGAGUAUUACCCGCAGCAGGCUCCUUCUUCGAGAAGCCGUCCUGCCGACCGUUUCGAUUCGAGUCUGCCGCCCGGCGGAUAUUCAAGAAGAUAAUGGCGAGUUCAAAGUUAACGUUCCCCUGCACACACAAUCACAUUUGCUUUCAGCGCGGCGCGGCAGCAGCGGCAUGGCGUUACUUUAAGGAGGGAAUUGGAGCGAGUCUUUUGGUCAUUGUCUUGUAACAACACGAAUAUUGGGGGCGAAGGAGGCGCAAAGGUCGGGCAAUGGAGCAUCAUGAGCGUACUCUCCGUGGACAUGGAGGUCCGCUAGGCAUCUGGGAGGGCAACAGGCGCAAAGGUCAAGAGCAGAAGCCGUGGACAAUUCACGAGCG